AUGCACUGUUUUCAGAAGAAUAUGGAGAUGAAAAUGGAGAGUCCGGUGUGUUUUUGUGAGCACGGAGGCGCGGAGAAGAAGAAGGGACAGAAUACGUCUCCGGUUACCGUCGUCCUCAAGGUUGAUUUCCACUGCGAUGGCUGUAUCGCGAAGAUCGUCGGACUAGCUCGCCGUUUGGAAGGUGUUGAAACAGUGAGAGCAGAUCCUCUUUCGAGCAAACUGACUCUCAUUGGAUUCAUUGAUCCAGUGAAGGUUGCAGAGAAUCUUCAGAAGGAGAGCAAGAAGAAGAUCGAGCUGAUAUCUCCAAAAGCAAAGAAGGAACCAAAAGGAAACGAUGACACCAAAGCUGAUCACAUCACGAACACUACGGUUGCUGUAACCACAGUGAUGCUGAAGCUGAACUGUGCUUGUGACGGUUGCAUCAAGAAGAUUCAUAAGACUGUAUCUAAGACAAAAGGUGUUUUCCAGGUUCAUUUGGACAAGAAUAAGGAAGUAGCAACUGUCAUGGGGACAAUGGAAGUGAAUUCUCUCACGGAUAAUAUCCAGAGGAAGCUGAAUAAGAGCCUUCACAUCUUGCCUGAGAAGAAGGAAAAGAAGAAAGACACAACCACCGAAGUCGGGUCGGGUCUACCAUACUAUGGCUGCCAUUACGGGCCUGGGCCUUAUGGGUUUAUGGAAGGCCCAUUUACGGGGUUUUUCAGCGAGGAGGAUCAGAGCGGUUGCUCCGUUAUGUGAUUUUGGAGGCGACAAAAGGUCUAGGAGUAUAAUACCACAACAUAUUAUAUAAUGGAUGCAUAUAUAACUAAUAGGAAACAGAAAAAGAAAAGAAAAACUAAAGUCAGGAG